UCCUUGAAAUUUUCAACCGAAUGAAAAAGGCAGGCGGAAUAUCACACUUCAAGUGGUGUCCGUUUUCACCUUCAGCGUUUCGAGCCGUGUCUUCACGCAGGAGAACAAGCGUCCACUGAACGGGGCCAGCAAAUACAAACGGGUCCGGAGCCCUCCGCAAAUCACCGUGGGCCAGAAAAGUCACCUGUCUCCUCGACUCGGUCGCUACCGCCCCUUGGAUUUAUAUUUGACAAUCUGGGAGGACGUCCUCGAUGUUGACCGAAACGUUCUAGCGUCCGGGGAAGAAAGCAUUCUCUAGGAAGGGAGGAGAAACGGGGUCCCUCGCUGACUCAGUGGCCUCGGUUCGCAGGACGAGUCCUGUUCAGAUCUGGCCAGCCGGGACCCCGGAGAGCGGAGAGGAGGAGGGGUUUGGACUCCGGACUUGACACAGACUGCCCGGCAGAAGACAAUCUGGCGUCCUGGGAGGAGGACGAAGAUUGGCUGAUGGGGGGCACCCCCACAGCGGGGCCGACGGCGGCGGUUCUGGGCGACUUGCAGGACACCCAUGUCUCCCUCGGGUUCCUGGGGGCCACCGUGGUCCUGGUGGGGCUGCUGCGUGUGGUCACCCGCUGGGGCUUCCCUGACCGCGACCCCCGCCGCCAACCGAGCCCACUCCUCAGGACCUUCCUCCUGGAGCUGCUGGCCACCUUCCAGCUGUGCGCCUGCACCCACGAGCUCACCGUCCAGGCCGACCUGAACCCUUCUCCCCACUUUGGCAUCUCGCUCACCUACUUCUUCACGCUGAUCCACGGGCUGACCCUGGCGGACUCCUUCUGCAACCCGUGCGCCGUGCUGGAGAAGAUGGCCGUGGAGCGGCUGGCCGUGGGGACGGGGAUCUCGAGGAUCCUGGCCCAGAUGGCGGGGGCCCUGCUGGCCCGGGCCUACGUGGUCUCCGUCUGGAGCUUCGGCCUCAUCGAGCAGCACAGCGCCGACCGGCACCGGGCCUGCCGGAACCCCAUGCGCACGGACGUGCCCAAGGCCUGCCUGGUGGAGGCCAUCUGCUCCUUCAUCUUCCACAGUGCCAUGAUCCAGCUCAAAUACAUCCGGCCCAAGCUGCGCGUCCACCUGCAGGCCGCCCUCAUCACCUUCUUGGUCUUCGCAGGAGGAAGUAUAACCGGGGCCGUGUUUAAUCCAGCCCUGGCUCUCUCGCUGCACCUGAAGUGCUUCCAAGGUGAAUUCCACAACUUUGCCAUCGUGUACUGGAUAGGCCCCAUAGCAGGUAUAGCGACGAUGGUUUUGAUGUACCGCUUAUUCCUUCCUUGGUUGAAUCGCAAGCGUUCACUGAAAUUUGAAUAACCGGGACCGAGAGACUCCCACGGCCCAGUUACAUUCCAGUUAGAGUGGACACGGGACCCUGCCGCGCCACAACCGCCAGAGGAUGGGUUGCGGUUAGUUUAUUUUCUUUUUAUGCAGCAUCGGACUGGGCUGGAGGCUCGGAACACCGUGCGAGUUCUGCCACGGGACGCUGACGAGGGCGGGAGGACCCCCCUCCUCGCCUCAGGGCACGGCUUGUCCCCCACCUCAACUGCCUACUAUUAAAGUGCUGCUGCAGUA